CGAUAAUAUUACCUCCCACUUUAUCUACUUUAGAUGACUCUAUUAAUAUCUCUCGCAACUUUUUUCGUGUCAAGAAUUUAGGUUAUGUGUAAUAUAUGUAAUAUUAACAGUUUUAAUACUUGUUAAUUGUUAAUGAAAAAAAAGAAAUCAACCUAAAUAGUAAACGUUUUAUCAUAUCGAAGUCAGGUACUUGGAAAAAAAAUGCCUAUAAAAUAUAUUGGUCGCACAACAGAUUUUAAAGGGAAGACGUUGUGGGAAAUUUUAGGAAAUUUAAAAAAUUUUGGUGUGGGAAGAAUGGUAAUACGCAAUAAAUUUCAAAGAUAUCCUGAACCUUGUUACAUGAGGAUAUUAAAAAUUGCUACUCUACCUGCACCAACGAUGAAAAAACCCAGUGAUGAGCGUAAGAUCGUAGCUCUUAUUCAAAAUACCUUUCGUGGAAAAACAUGUGAACCAGAGCAAAUAGAUGGAUCAACUUAUAAAGCAGAUUUUAUUUUGGUACCUAAGGAUGAGGAGGAUAAAUAUUUGCGUUCCAGUGAAACAUUUGACAUGAAAGUAGUACCAAGAACAAUGGAUUAUCCACCUCUUCUUAAAGAAAUAAUAAAACGACAAAAAAAAUCAGAAAAAUUAUUGGACGAUGAAGAUCCAAAGAUGGAAAUUGUCUAUCGUUGGUGCGGAGUUAAACGAUACAGAUUAGCAGAAGAAGGAGAAACGCCAACUGUAAACUUUGUAAUAGGUCUUGGAACACCUAGCAGUCCUAGUCUUUAUGCGAACAUCAAAAGAGAAUCAUCGACUUAAAGACUUAUUACAGAAUAUAUAUAUAUAUAUAUAUUCUCUUAUAUA